GCGGUUGCUGUAGGUUGCGGCAGUGGCGACACCGGAGUCGGUGUCGGUGUCCGGUUGUUGUGGGUGGUGGCGGCGGCGGCGCUGCAGCAGUCGGUGUCCGGUUGCUGAGGGUGGCGGCGGCGGUGGCGGCGCUGCAGCAGUCGGUGUCCGGUUGCUGAGGGCGGCGGUGGCGGCGCUGCAGUCGGUGUCCGGUUGCUGAGGGUGGCGGCGGCGGCGGCGCUGCAGUCGGUGUCUGGUUGCUGAGGGUGGUGGCGGCGGCGACCGGCUGUUGACGGUGCUGGUUGUUGAGUGUGGGGGGAGAGGCGCUGUAGUCAGUGUCCAGCUGUUGACGGCGGCUGACUUUGUCCGGUGUCAGUGAGCGGUGGCGAAUACUGGCCCUCGCCCUCCAGAAUGGAGCCAAUACUCAACUCCAAGUUCACGUUUAUGGACUCGCAUGAAAUUUUGAGUGAUGAGCAGAAGAUUCCUAUGGCAGAUGAUCUUGAUGACAUUAGAAAGGAUUUGAUUGAUGAACUUUGCAGGGAAGAAAAUUCAAACACAUCACACGUGGUUCCUGAACAAAAUUCUAUGUGUACAAAGGACCAUAUGUGUGUUUAUCUUCGUAUUAGACCUUUCACUGAAGCUGAAAUUGCACAAAAUGAAUCUCAGGACUGCGUGUUAAUAGAAAACUCAACAAGUGUGAUUCUAAAAGCACCACAGAAUUCCUUAAGUUCCCGAUGCAGUGAUCGUGGGUUUGGCCAGACGGCCCAACGCUUUACAUUUUCUCAUGUUUAUGGACCAGAAACCAAACAAAGAGAAAUAUUUGGAUCAAUAAAACCCCUUAUUGAAGAAGUUCUGAAUGGACAGAACUGUUUGGUUUUUACUUAUGGUGUUACCAAUUCAGGGAAAACUUACACAUUUCAAGGACCAGACCAUGAUGUGGGUAUCUUACCGAGGGCAAUGAGUGUUCUAUUUAAGAGUGUUGAAGGAAAAAUUUAUCAAAAUAUGAACAUUAAACCACAGAGAAGUGCAGACUUUAGUAAAUUAACAGAAAUACAAGUGAAAGAAGAGGAGACCUUGAAGAAAUCAGUACUUCACCUAUUUAAUGAGAGUGACCAAUGUAAUGGGAGCAGUCAGCAUCAUACACUAGAUGCUACAGAAGGCGGUUCACUGAAGUCACUUAGUAGUCUAGAUGAUUAUGCUGAACAUUUAAAGUGUUCUGAAGAAGUUGCUGUACAUGUUCCGCAAAGGAUCAAAUUUUCGAUCUGGGUUUCAUUUUGUGAAAUAUACAACGAAAUGCUUUAUGAUUUACUUGAUCCAGUACCAUGUAAAUAUCAGAAAAGAAAGAUACUUCGGCUUGUGCAAGAUGCAAAAGGCAGCACUUACGUGAAAGAUCUAAAAUGGAUUCAGGUUUCCAAUGCAGAAGAAGCAUGCAUGAUACUGAAACAAGGGAGAAAGCAACAAAGUAUUGCUUCUACAAAAAUCAAUCAUCUUUCAAGUAGAAGCCAUUGUACUUUCUCAGUAAGAAUUUUGCACGUGGAGGCAGAUGGUCUUCGGGUUGCCCGAGUCAGUGAGUUGUCUCUUUGUGAUCUUGCGGGAUCAGAACGGAAUGCAAAAACAAAGAAUGAAGGCGACAGAUUGAAAGAAGCUGGAAACAUUAACACCUCUUUGCUGAUUCUUGGAAAAUGCAUCAAUGCAUUGAGACAUAACCAAAUUUCAAAGACGCACAGCCAUGUUCCAUUUAGGGAGAGUAAGCUUACUCGUUAUUUCCAGGGAUUUUUCUCUGGGAGAGGAAAAGUUUGCAUGAUUGUUAAUAUCAACCAAUGUGCUUCUAUGUACGAAGAGACACUCAAUGUACUAAAAUUCUCUGCUGUGGCACAAAAGAUUCUCCUUGAUUGUUCAAAAUUUCGUCCUGCCCAUUUGGUUCCAAAAAGAUCAGCCAGAGCUCUUUCGCUGAUUAUCAAUAAUGCUGAAACUGACUCCUCUUUGGUGAAAAGAGAAACAAUCUCUUGGGAUGCGAGUCUUGAGAAUCUUGUUGAAAUGGAGGAAGGAGAUUCGGAGGCAAUUGACGUAACUGAUGUAAAGGAGGAGGAGGAAGAAGAAGAAGAAGAGGAGGAGGAGGAGAAUAUAGUAAUAAGAAAAAGCAAUUAUGAGAAAUUGCUCGUUUAUAUACAAGAUCUGAAAAACAAGGUUAUUGAGGAAAAGAAAGAAAAGGUGAUCUUGGAAAAGAAAAUCCGUGAAGAAGUUUGCCAAGAAAUGGAAAAAUUCAUGUCUCAGUUUGAAAAUGAUUUAAGUGAACGUGCAAAGGAAGAUAGCAGAUUAACAGAAGAUAGAAUUGAAAAACGCAAUUCUAUAUUUCAAACUUUAGUCAAGACGUAUGUUGCUAUUGACCAAAAUGAGAAUUCUGUUUCUGAAGUAUGUACCGAACCAGAAAUUGGUCAGUUGUGCAAACCACCAACUUUAUCAAAACAGAGUCUGGUUAAUACUAAUGUUAUGGGAUACAUCAAGUCCUUGGAGCCAGACGUUGCUGAAAUCAAGAAGCAAGCUGAAAUAAUCCAUCACCAUCUAGUAUCUGCCCCAGAUCCUCAGGAAACUAUUGCACAACUGGAAACUAAUUUAGCUUGUGUCAUUCAAGAGCUUAACCAAACCAAAGAAGUAUUGAAUAAGAACACUGCUGAAUUGGAGAUGUAUAAAACAACUCGAGUUGAGAGAAAAUCAGAUGAAGCCCAUAAGGAUGUAGAAAUCCAAAAAUUGAUGGAUGAAUUGAUUCUCAAGGAUGCCGAUCUGAAUAAAGUGAAAAACCUGCUUGCCGUUUAUGAAGAAAGAAUGGAAGAUUAUAGCAAAACUAUGGAAAGCAUUCAAGGAAUGUUGGAAACCUGUGGUAGAACUGAAGAUUCAUACAAUAAACCAAUGGAAAAUCCUUCAAUGAUAAAUAGAAAACGUACUUAUGAAAAUUGUCAACAGGAAGAUGAACCACCUUCCAAGAAAGGUUCAUUUGACAAAGAUCUAUACAAAUGCACAGGCAUGAAAACUCUUGAACAGAAAGUUGAAGGGAUGAGAAAUGAAUUAACCAAUAAAGAGAGUGCAGUAAUAACAUUAAAUGAAGAAAUACGGAAUUUGAAGGAUCAGUUAGCUUUAUCCCAAGAGAAUCUUGACAAUGAGAAAAUCUUAAAAGACGAAUUGAAUCAAUGCAUUGAAGGGCUCCAGUUGGAACUAACUUCUUCAGCUGAGACAGUUUCCAAACUAACGGAACAGAUUGGAAACCAAAAUUCAAAUUACGAAAAACUAGUACUUGAGCUUAAAUUUGAGAAAGAAUUAAAUGUGCAACACUCUCAAAAAACUAAACAGCUCCAGACAGAGAUCGAAUUGAGUAGGCAUGAAGUUACACAGAGAGAACUACAAAAUAAAGCGCUGGAAGAUAAAAUAAGCAUGCUAAGUGAUUUCCAGAAGGAAUCAGAAUUGAAUGCUAUAGAACUGAAAUGUACCAAGGACCUCCUGGAAAAUGAAAAGAGAGAAUCUCUAAAGAAAAUGACAGAAAUUGAAUCUCUGCAGAAACAACUAUCUAUACUUGCUCAAGAACUAGAUGAGGCAAAGGCUGUGGUGCAAAGACGAGACAGUGGUCAUUUCCAUAAGACUAUUGAAAAACUGCAGAAAGAAUGUGAGGCUGUAGUUAAAAUGUCAUCUCAAAAAAGCCAGCAAAUUCAAGAAUUAAAUGAAGAGCUCGAGUCCUUGAAGAAGCAAAAUGCAGACCUUCAGACCAAAUGUACUGAACUGGAAGCAAAUGAAACCACAACUCAGAUCUUGCUUCAGGAAAAAGAUGCCAAACUUCAAGAGUUGAAAGCAAAUUUUAAAGAGACUGAAGAUAAGUUGCAAGCUCUAAUGCAAAGCAAAGAAUAUAUUGCAGAUCUUGAGAAAGAGAUUGAAAAUUAUCAACAUAUAAUGGAAGCUCGAGAGUUGGAAAUCUCAAAGAAUAAAACCAAUUUAACCAGAUUUGAAGAGCAAUUGAAAGAGAGGGAGAGAUGCAUUGCUGAUCUGCAAAAUAAUUUAAAAUGCAUGGAAAAGAAAUUUCUUGACUCAGACAAAUGUGUUGACGAUCUUAAACUAAAUCUAAAAUCUCAGGAGGUUAGAUUUGAGAAAGAAGUUUUACAGGCCCAAGAUAAUUGGCAUGCUGCAAAAGAGACUUUAUCUAAGAAGGAAGGAGAACUGGAGAGCAAACGUCUUGAAUUUAAUAAGCUGAGAAAUGAACUUUCUGAAAAUGCCUCAAAAUGUCAAAGAUUGGCAGUUGACCUGCAGAGGAAAGAUGAAGAGUACAGAGAACUCAAGGAAAAAUAUGUAGAUGCCAAGAAACAAAUGCAACAGGUUGAGACAGAGAUUUCCACAAAGCGGGAAGAAGAAAAAUCUCUGAGACACAAAGUAUCUGAACUUGAGAGAAUAAAAAAACAAAUAACUCAGGAGCUUGAGACUAAAGAGCGAAUGAUUCAACAAUAUAAACAGGUGUGCCAGAACGAAGACGACUUGAAGAAGAAGGUAGAAAUGUUAAUGAUCACCUUAAAUGAGAAAGACACUGCUUUAAGAAAACUGGAAAAGUUCUUGGAAGAGAUUAAAACUCGACACCAAGUGAGCGAGCAGCAGUGCUUUGACACACAGGGCUCAAAUGAAGAAAAUAAGCCAACACCUGACCCAUGCGUCGUGCCAGCUGGUAAAGUAGAAGAAACUAUAGGUCUUCUGCAGACUACUUACAAAGAACUUCAAGAUAAAGAGAAGGUAAUUCAAGAUAAAGAGAAAAUAAUUCAAGAUAUGAAAAUUGUAUUAACUGAACAAGAACAAACUCAAACUGAGCAGGAUACAUUGCUUGAAACCAAGUUCAAUGAGAUUGAAGAACUUAAAGCAGAAUUAGAAAAAUGGAGGCACCAAGCAAAAGAAUUUGAGAAGAAAUGUGAUACACUUGAACACAACCAGGUAGUGAAAAAUGCACAUCAAGGUGCUAAUACAGAAAUAACACAGUUGCAAGAAGAAAUUCAAGUUUUGAAAAAGCAAUUAGUGGAAAUGGAAGAUAAGCAGAGAUGUAAUCGGGAUAAAUGGCUUAAUGAGAAAAUGCUUCUCCUUAAGCAAACAAAGGAAGCUGAAGAUCAGCGCAAUAAAGAAAUGAGAAAAUGGACAGAAGAAAGGGAACAUUAUUCUAAAUUACAGUCAGAAGUGAAAAACCUAGCAUCUGAAAUGGUUAAGAAGGAAAAGGAAAUGCAGAUGUGGCGAGAAGAAAGGGACAGCUUAGUAAAGGAGUUGGAAGUGCAGCUUGGGAAUCUUAUAACCAGCAAUAAACAGAAAGAUGAAGAAAUAAAAAGACUCAAGGAUUCUGCAAAGGAGUGCCCAAUGGAGUCCGAAACUGUCCUGGAUUCUUCAGAAGUUUCAUCAGAAAAUGGAGCAAGGAUAAGUAGAUUUCCAAAACCUGAACUAGAAAUUCAUUUUACACCUCUUCAACCGAACAAGAUGUCAGUAAAAGAACCAAGGGGCAAUUUGAUCAGUGUGAAAAUACCCAGAACCAACAGCAGAAAAAGAAAAAGCUUUGCAAUGGAAGAGAGUGGUAUGCUGUCAGCCUGCUGGAAAAGCAAUUCUCCAAAGAAAUCCUCAGCAGCUGGCAUUUAUAAGAAUGAUGAUGACUGUGAAAACAAGAAAAAUAUAACUGUAUCUAGAUUGAUACGCAAUGCACCUCCCAUCGUUUCUACUCCCACUAUUAUCAGCAUGGCAGAGGAGGAUGCAAAAGGUACAACUGAUGGGUUGGGAAAAAAUCCCUCAGUCUCAAGUCUCGGGUCAUACAAAAGGAAAGAUGGAACAUUGCAGAAAAUUGGAGAUUUAUUGCAUAAUUCUCCAACAGCUCUUCAGAGCAAAGCCAAAAAGUUAAUGGAAACAUUGAGCUCCCCCAAGAACCUAAAAGUGGAAGCUACCUGUAAUAAUUCAAAACCCAGAAGAACAAGACGGAAGCUGUAUAAGCAAGAUAUAUCAUCACCCAUGAAUUUCCCAUCUCAACCAAUAAUAGAGCUGAAUGAAAAGGAAACUGAUCAUUUAAUCAUGAAGAGGCGACUACGAUCAAGGACCACUAAAAUUACUAAGUGAUCUUCAUCCCUUGAUGUACAGAAUGAUUUUAUUUGUUUUAAAUUGCAAUCAUGUACCUGUAUGUGGACCUCUUGUCUGUAAAAAGAGGUGUAAAUAUUAUGUUUAGUUGCUUUGUACAUGCUGUAAUUUUUACCCUAUAUAAUUCAAUAAAUGCAAAGUAAAUAAAUUCUGAACUAUAAAAUCUGAGAAACAAUUAAAAUAUGCAGCCAGGAAUGGGGUUUUGUCGAUAAUUUAGUCCAGAUAUUUAAUAAGCUUGAUUUAAAAGAAUGCAUUUUAUUUUGGUAAAUUUUGGCUGUCUUGUUUCCUCCACCCUAAUGGCUUAUUGAAGUGGCUUUUAACAAGGGUAGACCCAUUGUCCACAACAAGACAAGCUGAUCACUUCACAUAUUUGUCAGGAUCUGGAUACCAUGUGUUAAGGUAAUGUCUGAUACAUAGAUAUGACAUACAAUGUAGAAAAAUGCUUAAUUUUUGAGGAGCACCCUUGAUGGUUCAUUGAGGAUGUGGUUCCAAAGUCUCGUUAAAUUAAUGCUACAUUACUUGAAACAUACAAAAGUUGCUUAAAUUAUGGAAGACCUACUUUCUGAACACCUGGUUAUAUUAGUUAACACAUGCAUAAUGGAUAUUAUUGAAGCCGAGAAAAAAGUUCAAAAAUAAAACUAUUGAGGUAAAAUAUAUUGAGAUGAACACUUAGGAUGU